GACAGAAAGAGUUCAUUUCUGGCCCUGGGGCCUGUGGCGUGUGCGUCUAGAGUGCUCUCCUUUUUUUUUUUUUUUAAGGUUUUAUUUAUUUGUCAGAGAGAGAGACAGAGCACAAGCAGAGAGAGCGGCAGGGAGAGAGAGAAGCACACUUCCCACGGAGCAGGGAGCCCAGUAUGGGACUUGAUCCCAGGACCUAGGUUCAUGACCUGAGCCGAAGGCAGACGCUUCACCCUGUGAGCCACCCAGGCGUCCCUGGAGGGUUCUUCUGAGAGAUGAUUUCCACAGGUGACGCUGUUUCCCGACCCCCAUCGGGGUGUGUCUCUUCCUGUGGUCGCUCCCCUUCACUGACCUGCUUGACACUGCAGGCACAAAGACAGCAGUUAGCACAGUCGCUGUAUAAAAUCUUUAAAUUCCUCUGUGGCAAGAGACACCUUACAUAGAAUUACCAGGAACAGUAACGUGGGGCGAAAAUAUUUACCACAGAGAUGCCGAAAAAGAGACAAAGCCCAUCAUGGGAAACUUAUGCAUAAGUUUCCAAGAAGGGAAAAACCCAAAGGCAUACAAAGAAGGACAUGCACAGCCAUGUUAAAAAUGAAAAAUACAAGUACACGUCUGAACAGGGUAGUUCUGGGUUUUUUUUUUUUAAGAUUUUAUUUAAUUUGAGGGAUACAACGAGAGCGCGUGCACGAGUGGGGGUGGGGAGGGAAGGAGAGGGAGAAGCAGACUCUCGGCUGAGCAGGGAGCCCAAUGUAGGGCUUGAUCCUAGGACUCCAGGAUCAUGACCUGAGCUGAAGGCAGAUGCUUAACUGACUGAGCCACCCAGGUGCCCCUGUAAAGGUAGUUCUAUUAAUUUAUAAUCAAGUAAGUGGGAGUACUAAUACAAAUUGUUCUUCCAAAUCAGAUCACCAAAACCAUGAAAAAACGUAUAACCGGCUCUUGGCCAUCGUAUGGAGAACCUGGGUUGUCGUAUUCUCUUGAAAGAUUAGGGAAGUAGGAAGAAGAUUGGGAAGAAAAGCUGCCAUCCUAUGAUCAUAAUUUUAAAUGUGCCUAUUUUUGACCUUUUGAUUUUCUCUUGCAACUAUUUUCAAGUCAUCAGACAGGGCAACAAGGUCUACAUAGACCGAUGUUUUUGCAGGAUGGGUUAUAAUGAGAAAAAUACAUAAAAUUCAAUACCGUUUGUUCAGAACAGGUAAGGAUAGAGGAACUGUUCUCUGGGAGAACACACAGCCACAAAAUGAAACGAGAAAGGCACUGAUGCUCGCUGCAUGAAGAAAUAAUACGAAUGAUACCACGUGUUUGUUGGGUAGGCACUUACCGUGUGCCAUGCGCUGUUCCAAAGGCUGUAGGUAUUCCCUUGUUUAGUCCUUGAAAGAACUCCAUCGUGGAAGGACCACAUACAGAGAAGCAGCUCAGGCACGCAGGCAGACUUGUCCGGAGUCACACAGCUCGUAAAGCACAGACCCUUGGGAAUCACGCUGAGGCCUGCUUUUCCGGAACAUGAUGCCAAAUGUUACAUGGGGCGAACCACACCACUGUCCCACAGGGCUACCUGAAGCUUGUGAGUUUGGCACAUGUUAAAGCAAAGGGACAGGGUUCGUGGGUGAGACAGGAAGAAGGUAAGUAGAAGCAAAUAUGUUUGGACUGAAUCGCAAAAUGCUUCUGGGACAAUCGGCAACAGGCACCGAAAAGCAAAACGUGGGUUGUUCGGGAUGUGUAUUCAGAGCUCUUGGUGGUUACUUGUAAGUAGACUCCAUGGAGACACAAAAUAAAAAUAUUAAGGACAUUGUCAUUGCCACACUUUCUGGUGAGGCUGAGGACAGUCAACGGGUGGCAUUGGCAGGGUAGAAGGAGAAGGGCCUGGAAGCCUAUGGAUGGACUUGAGUCCCUCAAACUCUGAAGCCACUUCCCACCAUCCUCUCCUCUUCCUCAGUGCUGUCCCGCUCCCAGUGGCCACCGGCUGUGAGAUUGAGGUCGCAUGUGCUUGGUGUUGUAGGAGACGGUGACGUUCAAGGACGUGGCGGUGGUCUUCACGGAGGAGGAGCUGGGGCUGCUGGACCCUGCCCAGAGGAAGCUGUAUGGAGACGUGAUGCUGGAGAACUUCAGGAACCUGAUUUCUGAGGAAAGAUCCAAAGUAAGAUGAAGACUAUUUUAGAAGCAGAACCACCUGAAGAGCUUUCCUGCUGGCGGAUCUGGCAACAGAUUGCAAGUGACUUACACAGGUGUCAGGGCUCCAUGAUAAAGAGUUCUCAGCUCCCCAAAGAAGGUGAUUCACCCCGACAGGUUGGGGCAGGACAGUCUGUAACUCACACUCGCCAGAAACCUGACCGGCGUAGUGAAUUUAAGAAAUAUUUCAAUGAUGCCUCCAGCCUUGAUCUUCAUCAACAAACACACUCAGGAGUGAAGUCUCAUACCUGUCGUGAGUGUGGAAAAAGCUUCUGUUACAGCUCAGCACUUCUUAUUCAUCAGAGAGUUCACCUGGGAGAGAAACGCUACAAGUGUGAGGAGUGUGGUAAGGAAUUCAGUCAGAGCUCAUGUCUGCAAACUCAUCAAAAAGUUCACACGGUGGAGAAGCCAUUCAAGUGUGAGAAGUGUGGGAAUGGCUUCUGUCGUAGAUCAGCACUUAAUGUUCAUUACAAAUUGCACAUGGAAGAGAAACCUUAUAAUUGCGACCAAUGUGGAAGGGCCUUCAUUCAUGCUUCACAUCUCCAGGAACAUCAGCGAAUCCACACUGGGGAGAAACCCUUCAAAUGUGAUAAAUGUGGUAAGAAUUUCCGACGUAGAUCAUCACUUAAUAGUCAUUGUAUGGUCCACACAGGAGAAAAACUGUAUAAAUGUGAGGAGUGCGGUAAGUGUUUCUUUUGUAGCUCGAAUCUUCAUAUCCAUCAGAAGGGCCACACACGAGAGAAACCUUAUAAAUGUGAGGAGUGUGGGAAGGGCUUCAUUCAGCCUUCGCAUUUUCGGGCCCAUCAGAGAAUCCAUACUGGAGAGAAACCGUAUAUAUGCAAAGUGUGUGGUAAAGGCUUUACUAUGAGUUCAAAUCUCCAAGCACAUCAGAGAGUCCACACAGGAGAGAAACCAUACAAAUGUGAUGAGUGUGGGAAGAACUUCGGGACAAAAACUCGUUAUCAAGUUCAUCUGGUAGUCCACACGGGGGAGAGACCCUAUAAAUGUGAGUUAUGUGGGAAGGACUUCAGUCAGAGAGCAUAUCUUCAGUCCCAUCUGAAGACCCAUAGCGUAGAGAAACCUUACAAGUGUGAGGAGUGUGGGCAGGGCUUCAAUCAGAGUUCCCGACUUCAGAUUCACCAGCUGAUCCAUACGGGUGAGAAACCACACAAAUGUGAAGAGUGUGGGAAGGGAUUCAAUCGUAGAGCCGAUCUCAAAAUUCACUGCAGAAUCCACACAGGAGAGAAACCAUUUAAUUGCGAGGAGUGUGGGAAAGUAUUCAGGCAGGCCGCAAAUCUUCUGGCACACCAGAGAAUCCACAGUGGAGAGAAACCAUUCAAAUGUGAGGAGUGUGGGAAGAGUUUUGGUCGCAGUUCACACCUCCAAGCCCAUCAGAAAGUCCACACUGGAGAAAAGCCGUACAAAUGUGAGGAGUGUGGGAAGGGCUUCAAGUGGAGCUUGAAUCUUGACAUGCAUCAGAGGGUCCACACAGGAGAGAAACCCUACAAGUGUGGGGAGUGUGGGAAGCACUUCAGUCAGGCCUCAAGUCUGAAGGUUCAUCAGAGUGUCCACAGUGAGGAGAAACCGUACAAAUGUGACGCGUGUGGCAAGGUCUUCCGCCACUCUUCGCAGCUGCAGUCUCAUCAGCGGGUUCACACAGGGGAGACGCCUUACAAGUGUGAGACGUGUGGUCAGAGCUUCCGUUGGCGAUCAAAACUUUCACAUCAUCGCAAAACCCACGGUGGCAGUACCUUUUAUGAAAAUAACAAGAGUGGUAGGAACAUCAAAGAAUCAUCAGAAAGAAGUUCUCCAAAAUGAUGCUUUAUAAAACCCUGAAUUCUUAUCCUCACUGAGUUUCAUAAGAGAGAAAAUACUUGUGUUAGUUUAGUUGGUAUUUAAGCAAUAAUUGAACCUAUCUCAGUUUUCACCAGAUCACACAGUGGAGAAACCUUGUAAGUGGUGUGGUAAGUCUUUGUUCAGAAUCACUUAGGGGGUAGUAAUACUUAGGAAGAGAGUCUGGUCUGGCCUUUAACACAAGCAUAAUGAUGGGUAUACCAGAGUUGAUACCCACUGGAAUGUAAGCUCCAUGAGGGCAGGGACUUUGCUGCUAAAUCUACACAGCCCUCACAGCUGGAGGCAUCCUAAUUCUGGACUUGCAAGUUAUAUUACAAAGCUGUAGUAAACAAUGCUGUAUGGUACUGGCACAAAAAUAGACACAUAGGACAAAAAACAGGAUCGAAAACCCAGAGAUGAACCCAUCAUUAUAUGGUCAGUUAAUCUAUAACAAAGCAGGAAAGAAUAUCCAAUGGGAAAAAUAGAUUUUUUUUUCAACAAAUGGUGUUGGGAAAACUGGACAGCCACAUGCAAAAAAAUGAAAUUGGACUGCU